AACAGUUGUAGUGAGAAAUAAGAAAAUGGUAAUGCUAUGGACGAAUACAAGCAUCAACAUUACAGUGUCACCGUAACUUGGAAGCUUUUUGCAGCCUUCAAUGCCUCAAAGGAAUUCAGCCACAGAAGCAAUCAGCAAAACAGUCAGCAUACGGUUUCUUCAAUAACCAUACACCGGAUGAUUCGAUUAAUGGAAACAUCAAUCUUCUGGUAAACUCUUCUGAGGUGGAACUAAAAAGGGUACCAAAACCAACAAAAAGGCCACAUUUGGUGCAUGUUGAAGGGCUUGAUGAUCUGUAUGACAUAAAAAGUUUAUCUGAGGGAGAGAUGAAUGCUGUGCUUAUUUGGGAUUCCUUACAUUCCUUGCUGUCGUGGUCAGAUGCUUUGCCUGAAACUGCUCAAGGAGUUAAAGAGGCUUCUAUAGCAUGGAAAGAGUUGCUAUCCACUAUUCAAAAGGACAAAGCCUCUAUGAUUAAUAAGAUUGAUGGCCCAGAUAUUAAAAAAUGCCCAUUCUCUGUGACCACACUUGGUAAGGAUGUACAAGAUAGUGGAAUCACUCUUGAUCUCCCAUGUGGUCUGGUUGUGGAUUCGUCUAUUACACUGAUUGGCAUUCCUAAUGGACAAUAUAGAGGCUUCCAGAUUGACCUUGCUGGACAAGAACUAGAACAGGAGCCAAAUCCUCCAAUUAUCUUGCAUUAUAAUGUGAAUCUUCCUGGAGAAAACAUGACAGAGGAACCGUAUAUUGUUCAAAAUACAUGGACGAGUGAUUUUGGGUGGGGAAAAGAGGAAAAGUGUCCAGCUCGUGGUUCAGCUAACAUCCAAGAAGUUGACGGACUUGUUCUCUGCAAUGUACAAGUUGUCAGAAGUAACAAUGAAGGGAAAGUAAAUGUUGGUCAACCUCCUAGUGAUAUAACUUCUAACAUUUCCUCAGAAAGUGCACAUAGAAUGGCUAAUUUCCCCUUUGCUGAGGGUAAUCCUUUCACUGCAACAUUGUGGGUUGGUUCAGAGGGAUUUCAUAUGACCGUGAAUGGAAGGCACGAGACAUCGUUUGCAUAUAGGGAGAAGCUUGAGCCAUGGUUAGUGAGCAGCAUUAAAGUAACAGGCAAUUUAAGUCUCUUAUCAACCCUGGCUACAGGUUUACCUGUUACUGAAGAUAAUGAUAUAGUUAUUGAUGUUGAGAGUCUGAAGGCUCCUUCUAUCUCCAGAAAGAGGCUUGUUUUGUUGAUUGGAGUAUUCUCUACCGGAAACAACUUUCAGCGUCGCAUGGCCCUGAGGAGGUCUUGGAUGCAAUAUGAGGCUGUACGUUCUGGAGAAGUUGCUGUCAGAUUUUUCAUUGGGCUUCACAAGAACAAUAUCGUUAAUUUUGAGUUAUGGACUGAAGCUCAAGCAUAUGGCGAUAUUCAGUUAAUGCCUUUUGUGGAUUAUUAUAGUUUGAUUUCUUUGAAGACAAUUGCAAUUUGCAUUAUGGGGACAAAAAUCAUCCCUUCUAAAUACAUCAUGAAAACAGACGAUGAUGCUUUUGUUAGGAUUGAUGAAGUGCUUUCCAGCAUUAAAGGAAAGCCAUCUGAAGGCCUCUUGUAUGGUCUCAUAUCAUCUAAAUCAUCUCCUCAGAGGGACAAAGGCAGCAAGUGGUACAUCAGUGAGGAGGAAUGGCCACACGAUACAUACCCACCAUGGGCACAUGGUCCUGGCUAUGUUAUCUCUCGAGACAUAGCAAAAUUCAUUGUUCAUGGACACCAGGAAAGAAAACUCAAGCUCUUUAAGUUAGAAGAUGUUGCCAUGGGCAUAUGGAUUGAACAGUUUAAGAAUGGUGGUAAAGAAGUGCAUUAUGUGAAUGAUGAGAGGUUUUACAAUGCUGGAUGUGAAUCAAAUUAUGUACUUGCCCAUUAUCAAAGCCCCAGGAUGGUGCUAUGCCUUUGGGAGAAACUGCAGAAAGAACACCAGCCAGUAUGCUGUGAGUAGAUAUCCAUGUUUUAGUUGUAACUCUACCGAUUCCAAGGCGGUGAGUUGCUCAGAGAUCAUUAAAGAGUCCAUUUUGGAGACCCCUGCAAUGAAUUUUGUCCCAAACGUGCGUUCUGGUAGCUAUGCUGAAAUUGGACCGCGGGUAUCUAUGGAUGAUGAACACAUUCGGAUAGAUAAUCUAGCUGCCCACCUUGGAUUUGUGUUCAAGUACCCAAUACCAAGUGCGUUUUAUGCUGUUUUUGAUGGUCACGGAGGGCCUGAUGCAGCUGCUUUUGUUAAGAGGAAUGCUAUGAGACUAUUUUUUGAAGAUGCAAACAUGCUGCAGUCAUAUGAAACUGAUGAAGUUUUUCUAAAGAAGUUGGAGGAUUCCCAUCGAAGAGCUUUUUUACGUGCAGACCUUGCCUUGGCUGAUGAACAAAGUGUUAGUAGUUCAUGUGGGACCACUGCAUUGACUGCCCUUGUACUUGGAAGACAUUUGCUUGUUGCUAAUGCCGGUGACUGUCGAGCAGUUCUUUGCAGGAGAGGUGUGGCUGUUGACAUGUCACAUGAUCACAGGCCAAGUUAUUUACCAGAAAGCAGGAGAGUGGAGGAGUUAGGUGGAUUCAUUGAUGGUGGAUAUCUCAAUGGUUAUCUUUCAGUAACUCGUGCCCUUGGGGAUUGGGACUUGAAAUUUCCACUUGGUGCUGCAUCCCCUCUUAUUGCUGAGCCAGAUGUUCAACUGGUUACAUUGACAGAGGCUGAUGAGUUCUUGAUCAUUGGUUGUGAUGGGAUUUGGGAUGUAAUGUCUAGUCAAGUUGCAGUUAGUCUUGUUCGCCGAGGAUUAAGAAGGCAUGAUGACCCACAGCAAUGUGCCAGAGAACUUGUCAAGGAAGCAUUGCGCCUACAUACAUCAGACAAUCUCACAGUGAUUGUUAUAUGCUUGUCCCCUGUUGAAAGCAUUGUUGAAUCAUGUCUGCCCCAAAGGCGAAGAUUCAAAGCUUGUAUUUUGUCUGAAGAGGCUCGUAAUAGACUGAAGAGCUUGAUAGAGGGAAAUUGACUGUAAAUGCAAUUCUUGUGAUUCAUAAAUGUUCUUCUCAUUAAAAGAUUAAUCUGUUUUUUUUGGCUGUUUCAGAGUUAGAAAAAAGCAGCCAGCAGUUUUGUAGGGAUAUAAAGGGGGAUAUUUGGUGAGGUGUAGAGGGGGCUUAGAGCUAUUUAAUUGGGAAGCGUUUUUUUGGAUUAUGUAGAGACAAUUGUAGCUAAUUUUUGCGGAUUAGAUCCUGUCCCCAGCACGGCCUUUCCGAUUUUACGUUGUUCUUGCUUCUGUAAAUAGAAAUGAUUUUGGCUUUCCCAGCAUUUCUCUGGGGAUGCAUGCAUGCCACCAGGAUUUAAUACUCAUUUCAAAUUUUAUGGUAUAUUUGAUUCAAUGGCGGUUCGCCUGAGACAUCGAAUAGUUGAGUU